AUGGAUCCAGGUUCCACCUCAGAGGUUUCUGCGGCAACCGCCAAAACCGGUCCAAUCACAGCACAGCAGCUAGCCGGCAUCGAAGAUGAGCAAGUCCUCAAUGAAAUGCUGGACAAAACCACAGACUUUGAGGAGAGAAAAUUGAUCCGCGAGGCCAUGAGAGAACUGAUGAAGAGGAAGAGGGAGAAGAGAGAGCGGGAGCGAGGGUCGCGGCAGCAGGACCUCCGUCAGCAGGGAGUGAGUGUAGGAGGAACCACAAACCCGGGUCAGAACCGUGCCAAUGGGCCCAGUGCCACUCGACAAACUCCGCAAAACACUGCUCAGACCAAACCCUCCACACCUUCACCCACAGCUCCAGCCAACAAGGUGGCAGGCAGCCCGGGCCAGCCGCCCGUAGGAAGGGUCAGAGUUCAGCGUGGCAUCUCCUCUGGGGGCCCUAACACUAAAGAUGUCAAACAGAUGCUGCUGGACUGGUGUCGGGCCAAGACCGAACCGUACGAGGGAGUCAACAUCCAGAACUUCUCAUCCAGUUGGGCCGAUGGUCUGGCUUUUUGUGCCUUGGUACACAGAUUCUUCCCUGAGGGUUUCGAGUACUCCACCCUGGAUCCUUACGACCGCAGGGCCAACUUUGAGAAGGCGUUCAAGACUGCAGAGAGACUAGCAGACUGUCCUCCUCUGCUGGAUGUUGAGGACUUGAUGCGGAUGCGAGAGCCCGACUGGAAGUGUGUGUACACGUACAUUCAGGAGUUUUACCGUUGCCUGGUGGAGAAGGGUCUGGUCAAAACCAAAAAGAGACCCACUUAA